AUGUGGACAGUUGCAGCAUCUCUCUCGGCACAGUUCCGCUCCCUUCGAGAAUCACUCUACCAGGAGACAAGGCGCAUGCUCAACGCACUGGACUCGCAGCCUCAGCGAACGGAUCCGAACGGAAGCAUCGAACAGGCGCAGGCCUGGGUCCUGAUCUGCGUCUACGAGUACAUGCAGCUCUCGCCCCUGCAAGCGUGGAUGAGCGCCGGUCGCUGUUGCCGCCUUGUGCUAGGGAUGAGGCUGUACGAGCUCGACGAUCCUAAUAACCCGGUGAUGGUUGCACGAGAGUAG